AUGGAGGACAACGGCAAUAAAUCUGUGGAAAACGAGAGACGAGUGAUAACCCCGAAUAAUUUGAGGAGUUCGAUAUGGAAGCACUUCGGGUUUUGGACUGAAAAUAAAAAUAUGAAGAAGGACAAAGUGGUAUGCAAACUGUGCGAUCGUGAGUUUCCAUAUCACAGCAGCACUACAUCUAUGAGGGGGCAUAUGCAGCUUCAUCAUCCAGAUGAAUAUAAAGACCUAGAGCGGGAAGAGCCACCUGCUAAACAGCCAAAACUGACUAACUUUUUCCCCCCGUCUGCACCUCUAAAUGCUGCACGGAAAGAGGCUAUAAACUCGAAGCUCGCAAAGUUCAUUUGUAGAGACAUGAGGCCAAUUAGCAUUGUGGAGGGUGAAGGUUUCAUUGAUUUUGUUCGUGAACUUGAGCCGAGAUACAUUAUACCUAGCCGAACCACCGUAACAAAGAACAUUGCGAAAAUAUAUGACACUACUCGUGAAAACAUGCGUCAGAUUUUAAGUGGCAAAAACGUUGCUCUGACUACCGACGGAUGGAGUUCCCUCGCUACAGAGGCAUACAUCACAGUGACAGCACACGUCAUUUCAGAAACUUGGGAAUUCCACGAUUUUGUACUGCAAACGAAGCAGCUGAGAGGUAGCCAUACAGCUGAGAAUGUUGCAGAGUGCAUCACGGGCAUAUUAAGGGAUUUCGCAAUACAGCCUGAUUCAGUUGUUGCAUUCACUACUGAUAAUGCACUUAAUUAUGUUAAUGCUGUGGAGCAGCACCUAGGUGCAGUUAAUAUACCGUGUCUGGCCCACACAAUCAACUUGGCUGUACGCAAAGGGUUAGAUGUCAGAGCCAUAGACACAACUCUAGCAAGGCUAAGAAAAACUGCCUCUCAUUUUCACAGAUCCACUACCGACAGCAGUCUCCUUGAGGAUAAGCAGCGUCUGCUUGGUCUAAAGCCAGAUAAACUAAUCAAUGAUUGUGUGACAAGAUGGAACUCUACCUACGAUAUGAUUUGUAGGGCAUCUGAGCAACAAGCAGCCGUGGCAGCCGUGAUUUUUGACAAAAAAAUGUCUAAUCUAGAACUGACCACAAGUGAGUGGCGCCUGGUUGAACAGGUGCAAGAGACACUUAAACCUUUCAAAGUCGCCACCCAAGCAUUGUCCACAUCCAAAUACCCCACAUCCUCAGCUGUACUGCCUUUGCAACAUAUUCUUUUGUCUCAAGUUCAAAAAAUCAGUUCAGAGUCAGACGAGAGGUCUUGCUUGAGGGAAAUGGCAUCUAAAAUCGAGGCAGAUUUGAGCAAACGCUAUGACCCCAAAAAGGAAGCGGCAUUUAUGCUUUUGAAUAAAGCUUCUUACCUGGAUCCUAGGUUUCAUCGUUUAAUCCAUAUAACGGAGGAAAAGAGGCAACAGGUGCGCGCAAACAUUAGAGAGGAAUUGUCACUGCAGUCUGACAAUGACGAACCCGUGGAGGCGGAGCCAUGCAGCUCGGGUUCAAGCACGGGAAAGACGGCCUUAACAGCAAUGGGGGAUCUGUUUGGAGACGUCUACUCAAGGGGCUACGAAAGACCUAAUGACGUCGAAAGCGACCUCUUACAGGAGAUGAUGCGUUAUGAAAAGGAGCCACCAUUGCCAGCUGACAGCGAUCCGCUUUUGUGGUGGAAGAUUGGCAGUACUAAAUACCCCCACCUUGCGCAGCUAGCAAUGAAGUACCUGAGUGUACCUGGGACAUCAGUGCGAGACAGGAGAGAGAGAGGCUGGCAAAGCCAGGUUAGCAAAAGACAGGUUACCCAAGACAGAGAGACAGGCAAACUCGGGUAUGGCCAUCUUGGGCCAGGCAGAGAGUUCAUAGUUGGCCAUCUUAGACAGGGCAAAGAGUCUGUGGAAGUCAUGCAAGGGCAGAGCGUCUUUGGAGCUUGGGAGAGACCAUGUUGGCUGAACUACAUGACACAGGAAAUUCAGAAACAGGCCUUAUGGUCCUUGAUCAAGGAAGGACCUCUAGUUGAGGACAUCAUGGUUAUUGCAAUCUUUGUGGUCAAUGAAGAAGUGUUCAUGCUGACAGAGGACUUAAGUAACUUUACUUAA